AUGCUUCUCAUAAUAUUCCUCUCAUUACUACCCUUCUCUUUAUCCAUUCCUACUCUCCAUCCAUCUGUUUCUUAUCGUUCUAAAGUUUCGGAGAAUGCUCGUAAACUAUCUGGCGUCGAUCUCACAACAUUCGUCAACAAACAACAAAAACUGUGGAAAGCGGAAACUUCCCGUAUGACUUUUCAAGAUAAGAUGGCGCGUGUCAAAAACAUAAAGUUCGUCAGGUCUCAUGAAGAUCAAGAGACUGAAAACUCUGCGGAGGUCCUCAUCAACAUUCCAGCGAGUUUCGAUUCAAGACAACAAUGGCCAGAGUGUACUCAAAUUGGAGCCGUUCGUGAUCAAUCUGAUUGUGGUUCUGCCGCUCAUCUGGUAGCCGUUGAAAUGGCUUCUGAUAGAACGUGCAUUUCCUCCAAUGGGACCUUCAACUGGCCACUAUCGGCACAGGAUCCAUUGUCGUGUUGUGUUGGACUGAUGUCCAUUUGUGGAGAUGGAUGGGGUUGUGACGGUAGUUGGCCAAAGGACAUUUUGAAAUGGUGGCAAACUCACGGACUCUGUACUGGAGGAAACUAUGAUGAUCAGUUUGGAUGCAAGCCAUAUUCAAUCUACCCAUGUGAUAAGAACUAUCCAAAUGGAACAACGUCCGUACCAUGCCCCGGAUACCAUACUCCACCUUGUGAGGACCAUUGUACUUCUAAUAUCACCUGGCCGAUCGCGUACAAACAAGACAAACAUUUUGGAAAGGCUCAUUAUAAUGUGGGCAAGAAAAUGACCGAUAUCCAGACAGAAAUCAUGACGAAUGGGCCAGUUAUCGCUUCUUUCAUUAUUUACGAAGACUUCUGGGACUACAAAUCAGGCAUCUAUGUUCAUACCGCAGGAGAUCAAGAAGGUGGAAUGGAUACAAAAAUCAUUGGAUGGGGAGUGGAUAAUGGAGUUCCAUAUUGGCUCUGUGUUCAUCAGUGGGGUACCGAUUUUGGAGAAAAUGGAUUUGUGAGAAUCCUUCGAGGAGUCAAUGAGGUCAAUAUUGAGCAUCAAGUGUUGGCGGCUCUUCCAGAUGUGGAUAAACAUAACUGA